CUUCCAUUCCCCGCCGCCUCUGUAUAUAAUAAUCCCCAUCUCGCUCGAUAAGGGAAGGCCUUCUUCUCUCUUCCCUACCCCUCCUCUGAUAUUUUUCCGGCGCGGGUGAUCUCGACUGAGGGAAGAUGGGACCGGGUCUCUAUUCGGAAAUCGGCAGGAAGGCUAGAGAUCUUCUCUACAAGGACUAUCUCACGGACCAGAAGUUCACCGUCACGACCUACACCUCGAAUGGAGUUGCAAUUACAGCUUCGGGUACAAAGAAAAACGAGUUUAUUUUUGGUGAGAUUCAGUCUCAGCUGAAGAACAAGAAUAUCUCAGUUGACGUGAAAGCAAACUCAGAUUCAAAUCUGUUGACGACUGUUACAGUUGAUGAACUUGCCACACCUGGAUUGAAGACAAUAUUCAGCUUUGUUGUUCCGGAUCAGAGAUCUGGAAAGGUUGAACUUCAAUACUUGCAUGAUUAUGCAGGAGUCAAUGCAGGUAUUGGCUUGACUGCCAAUCCCAUUGUCAACCUUUCUGGUGUUGUCGGAACUAGAGGUCUCUCUGUUGGUGCUGAUGUAUCAUUUGACACUGCAAGUGGGAACUUCACCAAAUACAAUGCUGGAUUGAGUGUCAUCAAUGCAGAUCUUAUUGCUGCCCUGACUUUGAACAACAAGGGAGACAGCCUGAGUGCUUCCUAUUACCACUUGGUGAACCCACUGUGGAACACAGCUGUUGGGGCAGAGAUCACCCACAGCUUUUCGAGUAAUGAGAACACCCUCACUUUCGGGACACAGCACGCACUGGACCCUCUGACUCUGGUGAAGGCACGCUUCAACAAUUAUGGCAAGGCCAGUGCCCUCAUUCAGCAUGAGUGGAGGCUCAAAUCGUUUUUAACCAUUUCUGGAGAAGUUGAUACCAAGGCCAUUGAAAAGAGCUCAAAGGUUGGACUAUCCUUGGUGCUCAAGCCAUGAUGAUAAAUUUUUGGACUCUAUGAAUGUACUUCCAUUUCAGGUUUGUUGGAACGGAAUAAGUUGAACAAGGACUGAGGCUCCAAACUAUGAUGGUGGCCUCGUUUUUAGACUCUUGGAUUACUUGUUUUGUUAACAGAGCUUGUUUCGAUGCCUGUCCUGUGAGAAUAAUUUCUUGUUCAGUGACUCGGAUAAGAGUUGAGUUCCUGUCUCAUGCAUUCUUUUUCCUUCCCAUACCCAGUGAUUUGAACUGGCUCUGAGUAAAGAUUCAUAUCAAUUGUGUACUUCCUAA